AUGCUAGUGUUGAUUAUAUGAAAAGUUAACUUGGCUCCCGUGCGGGGCGCGCGUGCUGGGGUGGGGGGGGACACCGCACAGAGAGCACGGGCUCCUCAGCGAUGGGCUGCCAGAUGCGUGUCGAACAUGUCACUGUUUGUAACGUGUUGUCGUUAGCGUGACAUGUCCCGCUCCAGCGCCGCGACACGGUGAAGGACGGAGGACCACUAUCCAGUAAAGUCAAACAGCGGCCGGGGCCAGUGAUGGAAGAGAAGGGACCGGGGGGAAGCGAGCCCGUGGACCUCCGGUGUGCCGAGCAGGCUGAGCUGCUCUCAUUAAUAAUAAGCGGAGAGGAGGAAGCGACGCAAGAGGAGAGUGACUUGGGAGACGAGGACAGUCUUGCCAAUGGCCACGGUGAGGAGGAAUCAGAAGCUGGCAUGGUCACACCUGUCAUAUCUCCAGGUACCAGCUACUGGAACAUCACGGAGGGACCGGACCAACCGUUCCUCCUCUCCCCGGCCGCCGGGCCCUCGGGACGUAAGCCCAGGGUCCAGAGGGCCUCGCGUCCGGGCCUGAGCCGGAUCCCGGGUCGGGACCACCGCCGCUACUACCACGAGUACUGGCGCUGCGAGUACCUGAUGGACUUCGACCCCCAGCGGCACGGGAUGAUCUGCAUGGUGUGCGGCAGCUCGCUGGCCACCCUAAAGCUCAGCACCAUCAAGAGGCACAUCCGGCAGAAGCACCCCGACUCCCUGCUGUGGAGCGCCGCCGACAAGGAGGUCAUCCGCUCGGGGUGGGAGAGCCACCUGAGCCUGGGGGUUCAGAGGUCAUACGACCCUGCGCCAUCGCCUCAGGUGAAAGAGGAGAAGCUGGACUCGGACCAGCAUUCUGCCGCCAAUCCUCCAGAGCCGAUGAUACCCCAGGAGCAGCCACAGCGACCCCCAGUCUGCCCCCCGCUCCGAGGAGGGUGAAGCCCCCAGCCCCAAGAGGAGGAGGAGGAGGAGGAGGAGGAGGAGGAGGAGCGGGACCCCGCUGGGCCGUCGGCCCAGACCUUGGAGCGCUACCUGAACGACUCGCUGCACGCCUGGUUCCGCCAGGAGUUCCUGAUGGAGUACGAGGCGGAGGCCGGCCGGCUGAUGUGCAUGGUGUGCGGGGGGGAGCUGCCCUCGCUCCACCUGGACCACAUCAAGAGCCACGUGCUGGACACCCACCCCAACUCCUUGGUCUACAGCUCCAUGGAGAAGCACUGCGUCCUGCAGGCCUGGACCCAGGCUCACGAGGAGUCAGAAAACUCAAUCAAAUCAGAGCCCAACACCAAAGAAGGCGGGGUGGACCUCUUUGCUCAGGAAGUGAAGGCCAUGCAGAACAACACGGACCUGUACCCGGACGGCGACGGCACUUUAACUCAGGACGCUUACUUUAUCGGAGAGAACGGAGGGGCCAGAGCCCCGCGGCGGGGGCCCCGGCCCCUCCGGCAGCCCAGGAAGAGGCGGCUGCACGAGGGCGACCCGUGGCGGCUCCGCCUCGACUACCUGGUGGCCCACGGGCCUCAGGGCCGCGGCGCGUUCUGCAUGGUGUGUUCUCAGGUCCUGCACGAGAUCAAGGUCAGCAGCUUCCGGCGCCACAUCCAGGAGUGUCACCCCGAGACGACGACCCUGAGCCGGCAAGAAAGGGAGGCCAUGGCUGCUGCUUGGACCAAAGACUAUCCUGGUGAAGGAACGCAAAUCCAAGAUGCAGAAAUCCACGCGGGCGAAGCCGAUGUCCUAAAUACCACGGCAGAGACGAACGAGGACGCCUCCCCCGAUGUGAGAGUGCACGGCAAAGCGGUGAAGAGGGAGGAGGGUGCGAGUGGCGGGAAGGGUAAAGCGAAGGAGGACGGCGCCGCGCACUCCCGUCACGGCCACUACCCGGGGAAGGACCAGAGGAGGAACUACCAGGUGCGCUGGCGGAUGGAGUACCUGAUGGAUUAUGACUGUCGGCGACACGGGCUCAUCUGCAUGGUAUGCGGCGCCACCCUGGCCACGCUGAAGGUCAGCACCAUCAAGAGGCACGUCCAGCAGGUGCACCCCCACUCUCUGGACUACAGUCCGGAGGAGAAGCAGCAGGCGCUGCUGAGCUACAACCAGGCCGCCCUGCACUUCAUCCACUCCGACGACUGCUUCUCCUCCCAGGACCACGGACACACCGAGCUGGCUCCAGCACACUACGGCACUUAGAAAGGGCUUCCGUCCGUCGCUCCUCACACGACCCCCGCGUUGAGUAGCAGCCCUCCACCUCCUCUCUUCAAGGGAAACUCAAGUAUUUGCCAAACAGAAUCCUGUUCUCGCUCCUUUGCCCCUCUGACCUUGUCCCAAAUCUUUACAUUGCAGCUGCAGCGUAAAACAUUAUCGUGACCAGUAGUCAUGAUGGACAAACAUCUGAGAAUUUCGGUGACAAUUACUGGAAUUUCCCCUUAAAUCUGAAUCUGAUAGUAUGAAGGUAGCCACUGCCAUAAAAAGGAAAAGUCACAACUGGAAAACAUGUUGUGGCAGAAAAAAUGAAAGUCCAGCCAAGCUCAUUUGAAACUAAAGCCUCAUCUGCACAUUAUAAUAGUAAUUAACAGUAUUUUACCUGACCUUACAGUUGGUAGCUAGAUGAACCCUCUAAAUGUUAAAAGGUAGAAAAUAAUUCCCAAUAGGGCUUGAUAACUACCCAAGAAAAGGAAAACAGCGCUGAGGAGGAAAACAGCGCUGAGUUGCUCAUUUUGCAAUCAAAUUUAACUUGACAGAUUUCAGACGACAGACUGGCAUUUUAUUAAGAAAACAGUUAACCUCUGAACCUCUUACGAAGGUCCUCAGAUGUUAUUCAGAUCAGACCAGCGUUUUGGCUACGCUAGGAUGUCCAUGGGCUUCUUAGGCUCCUCAUUGAUGGAGAUUGGUAAAGUGCAGUCAGUUAAAAUUUCAAAAUAAUGAAGGGAGAUAAGCAUAUUUAAUGGCGUUUGAAUGAUAAAAAUGACUUGACAUUCCCGUCCCUGGCUAGCUAGCAUGCUAGCAAUUAAUGCCAACUAGCCUUGCGAGUACUCACUACUAUACCAAUCAAUCAAUCCAUUAGUAAAUCUGCAUGAGUUUAUUUCUGUUGUUGACCAAAAGUGAAUUUAGUUUUCCCACUUCCUGGUUAGACCUGUCACUUAUACUGAAACAUAGCUUUAGAUUUUCAAAACACCUGCAUGAGUGUCUGGACUUUUAUUUUCUCAACUCCAAAUUGGCAUAAUUGUAUGCAAUUUCAUGACGACAAUUUCAUAUAAAUUUGUAUUCAUUUCAGGCCCAGAAGGGGUCCUACAAGAGGGCCAGGAGGGGUACCAGAUAGGGUCAUAUGGGGGUUCCAGGAGGGUCCAGGGCUUGAUUCUGGUCGGGGCCUGAGUCUUACGCUCUCAGGAAGUUAGAUUCUUGGUUGAGGCCGAGGUGAAUUAGUUUUAUGAUAAUGUGUCUGAAGACAACACAGCACUUUGUCCCCCCAAAAAAGGACUAGACCCCAGCUCCCCUUCUGUACAGCCAGUCCAAUGAGACUGAGUUCCAUGUAAUUGCUGAAGACAAUGAAUGCCAGAGUGCAGUCACUUUUCUCUCGUCUAUUUAAUUCCUUGUUUACAGUGGAGAAGAAGGACGUCCUUGUCUCUUACCCAUUAUAAUGAGAUAUGUUAUCUCUCUGUCAGUCGGCAUCCUUUCCAUCAUCUACAACUCAUCCUAGCUAGAAACUGCACAAAAAUAGAAUAUGUAAAUAUAUGAAAAAAUAGAAUUAUUUUUCCUUUAUACAAGCACUUUUAUGCACCGGGUUUCUACAAAGCGUGUUUGUAAUUAUGUCCAGUUUUUCUACUUCAUUCAAGAUUUCAAUGACAUUGAUCUUUAACAGCAGGAGGAAUACUCGUUGGACUUUUUGCUUUGAAAAUGUCCAGCUUUGUAUUUUUCCUUCACUGUACAAAAUGUACGCGUCAGGUGAUGUUGAAGAAGAGCUUACAGCUGUCAGAGAAAGAAACGUCUGCCAUGAAAUGUCACAUGUCUUCACCUGGAAAAUGGAACUCAGGGAUUCUGUUCUCAUCCACAACCAUUUCAUCAGUAGUCUUUGAGUCCCAUCUGAAGAUACUGGAUACAAAUGUCAGCGUUGGUUGUACAAAUACAACAGUGUUGAGGCGACCGCUAAAACAAAACCAAACUCAACUGAGAUUUCAUUGUAUUUUGAGUAUAAAGUCACUCUAGAAUAAAGUCAGAAUUUUGAAAAAAACUAAACAUAUAUGAGAUAGGUCAUAUUUUGAGAAGAAUAUAAUAAGGAAAAUUCUUAUAUUUGGAGAAUAGAGCUGAAAUUUCAGAAUAAAAAUGAAUCUUUAUUGUAAGUACAAUAACAAUCGAUGUUUGAAGAAAAAGAUGACAUUUUAAGCCAAAUGUCAUAUUACAAAAAAGAAGUCUUAAUAUUUUGAGGGAAAAGUCUGAAUGUUUGGAAAAUAAAGUCGAAAUAGAACAAAAUAAAGCCUGUGUUUAUUUAAGAAUAAAAUAUUAUAUUUCAAUACAAAAAUUAGAGAAUGAUGUAACAUUUCAAGUUGUAAUUAUUCCAAAAUAUCCAUUGAUCUGUCAGGAUAAAGUCCCUAACAGUGACCCAUUGCUCUGUUGUACAUUGACAGAAUUUACUCAGGUGAAGCUUCUGAUACAAAGUGUCAAAAUGAAGGACUCCACUCAUAUUCCCAUUUCAUUGGUCCUUUUAGCUAAGAACAGGCCCCCACAUCACUCUCGAAGAGUUCUGAAGUAGAUGGCACUUAAUUAUUUAAAUGAAGUAAGUUACAGUGAAAUGAAUGAUGGAGCAUGUGAUGCAUUUGCUUGUGUGUGUGUGUGUGUGUUUUAUACUGUGUAUGUGUGUUCUGGUUUGGAGAGAGAUCCUCAUUUUUCUUCACUCACCUCGUCUGUUCACAUUUCAUUUGUACAUGACCGACAUGUGACACAUGAACU